AUUUAUAACCACCCAAUAUUUCCGAGGCACACCACAAAAGCAGCAACCCUCAUAAUUAGUUUUUACCAUAUUUUUUUUGUUCUUGACUUUAUCAGCAAAACACCCAAUCUCUGUAUAUCUCUGCACACACAUUCUCACACACUCACGGUUUUUUUUUUUUCAGUCACCGCCAUUUUUGGCACAUCUUUUUUCUUGGUAGCCAAAAAAAAAAAAAAAAAAAAAACAUGGCGGCAACCUGUGGCAGUUUUGAUCACAUAUUCGACAAACCCUUGUCGGAAUCUCCAACGUUUCUCGAAUGCCUCUCGCCAUGGAAACACAUUAAAAAAUCCAUCGACAAUACGCCCCCGUCGUUUACGGAGUUAUUUGGCGAAUUACAUUUCAAAGACAACCACGCCGAUGAUAAUAAUCAUAAUAAUAAUAAUUCGCCAACGAAAAUAUCGAACGGCUCAAAAUCAUUACCACCGUCAUCGAUCAAGAAUAAGAAGGACUACCGACACAGCGAGAGCUUUUCGUCGAUGAAUUCGGAGAGUUUGUCGAUGUGCACGGAAGGGUUAGGGUUUGAGAGCUUCGACGAGGCCGACGGUUUGUGUAACGACGAGGCGGGGAGGAAGAAUCAAGUGAGGAGGAGGAUGAGUAUCUUGGGGAUAAAGAUAGAUGAGAAUAAUUAUCAUAGAUAUUCCAUUAUUACAGGGGAGACUCCGCCGCCGCUUUCGUGUAUCGGGAGGAGCGCCGGGAAGCCAUGGUUGUGCUUCAUAUCUUACAGGGAAGGUGGGAGGCUUAUUAUGAAGGAGGUGAGAAUUCCGAUGCAGGAGUCGUUCUUGCAUGCAUGCCGUGAAAAUGGACGUUUGAAAAUGCAGUUUAUUCAUUCAGACGAAGAGGAGGAAGAAGAAGAAGAGAAUCAAGAUAGAAUAUUCAAGAAUAUUGAACAUGAAGAUGAAUUGUAAUUGAUCAAGGGAGGAAUUCUUUUUUGUUAGUGUUAAUUAAUUAGCAUAACUUGUGUUUUUUAAAGAUGUAAUUUUUAUUGAAUUGUGUGGCUUUUGCCUUACUUAUCUUCAUUUUCUUGA